AUGCGCCUGGAGGACAAGGCGGAGGCUCCAGGUGACCAACCAAGGCCCGGCCUGAGUUCCACCACAGAGAAGGCUGAUGCCGAGCCCACCAUAGCAGGAGUCAUCCAGGGAGCUGAGGCGAGCCUUGGGCCGCAUGUGGAGCGGAGCCUCCACGGGGAACUGGCUCCGGCUCAGCUCAGCGUGCAGCAGACGCGGGGGCAGCUGCUUGGGCUGCUGCGAAGACCCUGGGGCAGCUUUGAUGUGCGCAAGACAGCCCAGGACUGCGCCCUCUUCCACUGGGGCUGCAUAUGGAAGCAGUCAUCUAGGGCAGCCCAGGAAGGGACUGGGGAGCUGGAAGCUGGCUGGGAGCAGAUCCAGCCCAAGCUUGAUGAGGACCUUGAAGGAUUUCUGCAGCCAAGCAUAGAGACCAAUGACCAGCAAAAGGGACAGAGGAGCCCAGUCAUGGUGGAGGAUCAGCCCCCUGAGAGCUGCCAGGUGGCUUUGUCAGAGUCUGGCCCAGGGGCACAUGAAGACAACUCUCAGGAGGCAGUUCUCCCACCACCCAUGGUGACUACAGAGAAAGAGACAACCCUUCCCUUCUUGCCACCCAUGCCAGGACCUCAAAUACCCAAAGCAGGAGGCAAGGUGGUGGAGAUCCAGCCAUCAUCAAGGUCUCUUCCUCUACCAGAAAAGGACACUGACAAGAAGAAGGAGUUGGACCAAGCACAGAAGCGGCUGCCGGAGGCCACGGCAGUCGCAGUGGUCCGGAGCCCUCGGAACACUCGACCAGGCUUCAUGAAGUGCUUACUGGAGGUGGAGGAGCAGGCCACCCAUCACAGGGCUUUGAAGGCUCGGGCCUUGAUGUCUUGGAGGGCUCCCAGGACCAUGACCUCCGUGCAUGCUCCAGGCCCUGUCAGCAGCUCCACCACUCUUCAGAACUCCACUUCAGCCUCUGCAGCCAUUCCUCUGUGGGCCCGACCACUGGUCCCUGGAUCAGCUCCUGCUCUUGUGGGAACUCCAGCCCCAGUCCUGCCCACCCACAACCAGGACCUGGGCCAUAGAUGGCCAGAGUUUGGGUCCCAGAUCAGCGAGAGGAGUCUGUGCUAUGCUAAAGCGCGGCAGGAGUCAGAAGAGCGUAGCCUCCUCAAAAGCUGGGAGGAAUGGCCAGAGGAGCACCUCACCCUGAAGCAGGAGGAAGCCUUCCACUGCUACUUUGAGGUCUUCAAUGGCCCUGGCGAGAUAGACGCACCAAGCCUGAGCAAAGUCCUGCACAUCAUCAACUUCCCCCUGUCAGCAGCCCAGGUAGAGGAAGCCCUGAGAAGUGCUGAUAUCAAUGGAGAUGGUCAUGUGGACUUCAGGGACUUCUUGGCUGUGAUGACGGACAGUGCGCGCUUCUUCUGCUCUGUGGAACAGAACGUCCUAUUGGAUAUGUCCUGCGUGAAUCCCUCCACACUGUUCUUUGAUAUCCUGUCUUUGUUGGUGGAGAUGCUGGCCUUGCCAGAAACAGCCUUGGAGGAGAUCACGAGCUACUACCAGAAGAUGAUGAAGGAAGGCUUCUCCAGGACCCGAGAGAUGGAAUUGGCUAUGGCUGGGCUGCGGUCCCGGAAGAAGCUUCUCUACAACCUCCAGCAGAUGGACAGCCUGGAAGUCCCAGAACGAAGGGUCCUCAGGAUCCCGGGCCGUUUGAAGCAGCAAAACUAUGCUGCCAACCUGCAGAGCCCCUAUGCCCAGGUGCCCUGCAUCCCACUCUACCCACGGCUGGAGAAGACAGCCCGCCGGAAGCAUGGUAGCCGCUCCACAGUGGAUCACUGCACCUCUACUGGCCUGAGCCCUGACCCCUUCGAGUCAGGACCUCCAGGAAGCAGGGAACACGCCUCUGACAGCAAAAAGUGGCUCAGCUCUGUGCCAGCUCGAACUCACUGA